CAUUCUAUAUUUAGAUCUACUUUUCAUGGUCUGGUUACUGCUAGUUAUUUUACAAAUUUAUACAUGCAUUAGCCAUGUACAUCGCGCUGGAUAUGUAUGUACAGAUUCUUGUAAUUGUUUCAUUCCUGGACGUAUGAUCUGCGAAUAAAUGGCAAAGCCGUUGGUUCACAGUUGGGAUAUAUUUUGCCCAUUUACAGAAUCAUGAGUUACGACUCGUUCGAUGAUGAAAUCCCCGCUAUUGUCAUCGACAACGGUUCAAGCCUUUGUAAAGCCGGGUUUGCGGGUGACGAUGCACCGAGAUCGAUAUUUCCGGCGCUCACCGGGCGACCGAGGUACAUGUAUGAAAACUGGAUGGUUGGGAUGGACAGUAAAGAUACGUUCGUAGGGGACCAGAUACAGAAGAAAAGGGACGUACUGUCCAUAAAAUAUCCCAUUGAAAAGGGCAUUGUUACCAGCUGGGAUGAUAUGGAGAAAAUCUGGCAUCACGCGUUUUAUGACGAGCUCCACGCCGCACCGGAGAAACAUCCUGUAUUGCUGACAGAACCGCCAUUAAACCCAAAGUUAAACAGAGAAAAGAUGGUUGAAUGUAUGUUUGAGACAUUCAACACACCAGCAUUUUAUGUGUCGUUAUCAGCAAUACUGGCGAUUUAUGCAUCUGGGCGCGGUUCUGCAAUCAUGCUCGAUAUCGGCCAUGCGGUCUCACACGUUCUUGCUGUCUAUGAAGGAUACACGUUCAAGCACGCUAUCGAUCGGAUUGAUUUGGGUGGAAAUGAUUUGACUGAAUAUUUGUUAAGAAUGCUAAACAGCGAACGCUGCAAUACGUUUGCUUUCGAAUCUGAUAAAGAAAUAGUUCGAAAUAUUAAAGAAAAGUUAGGAUACGCAGUGCUUGACUUUGACAAAGAAAUGAAAACUGUCAAUACUAAUGACACUAUUGAUGUUGAAAGAACAUAUGAACUACCCGACGGACGUAGGAUUACGGUCGGAAGUGAAAGAUUUCGAUGUGUUGAGUCCCUUUUUCAACCGAAUUUGCUCGGCAAAGAUAUUGCAGGUAUUCAUGAUUUGUUUUAUUCCUGCCUUAUGAAAAGUGAUAUUGACGCCAGAAAAGACUUAAUGUGUAAUAUGAUUUUAUCAGGCGGCUGUACAAUGUUUCCUGGGUUUGCUGAAAGAAUGCAGAAGGAAUUAAGAAAUUUAAUCCCAAAAACUAUGAAGGUCAAGGUCAUUGCCCCGCCGGAAAGAAAGCUAAGUGUUUGGAUAGGAGGUUCUAUUUUAGCCUCGUUAUCUACUUUCCAAAAGUGUUUGAUUUCUAAACAGGAAUAUGAAGAAAAUGGCCCAAGAAUAGUGCAUGCGAAAUGUAUAUAAGCGAUGUGAAAGUUAUAUACGGCGUAAUGUAUUGCAAAACUACUGUAAUAAAAGCAGACACGUAGCACACAAAUAGAAAAGAAAAAGAAGAGGACAACAUGCGUAUAUACUUUGGAAAUAAUCCAACUUCAAAAACGACCGGUCUAAGUGAUAGCAACUCAGUGUGUUUAUAUUCAGUUUGUCCAUUAUUUUUUUUUUACCCACAUAUAUCUUACAUUGCAAUGUAAAUAAUUUAACAGCAUGUAUCCGAUGUCUUUCGUUGUUCUAUAUAUACGUAGUUAUUUUGUUCUGUAAUAAUUCAGUAUAUUAUCUAUAUCGAUCAUACAAACACUCAUUGCAAAGGAAAAACAACAUUUGGCACUGCAAAGCUUACUCUUUUGUUAUCUGAAGAUACGUGACAUGUAUACUCCUGUAUUUUAGACUGUUGUUUGGUCUCACAGCAAUUAUAUUUAGUAUGUUUGUUAAUAUUACAAUAAUAUUAUGUCAUUAUGUCAUUA